AUGGAUCUCAUCUCCUCGCUUUGGAGACUCGAUACUACGGACCGAGCCGACGCCUACCUGGCCAGUCUUUCCAGUCCAAUGUCACUCCGGAACUUCAUCGGAAACAACUUUACAGAGCACACCGAACCCUCUCACUGGAUCGACUCAUUUAACCCGCGAACUGGCGAGUUAUUAACACAGAUCCCUCGUAGUGCGCUAUCCGACGUCGAUCAUGCCGUUGAUGCUGCCGUAAGGGCGUUCCCGACAUGGUCACGAACCUCGCGACAAGAGCGUUCAGAAAUCCUGCUUCGGAUCGCCGAGAUUUUGAAAGAGAAAAAAGAAGUGUUCGCGGUCUGGGAGAGUAUUGAUCAAGGCAAGACGCUUAGUCGUGCUCGUGUGGAAGUUGACCGAGCAAUUACGAAUUUCCAAUAUUUUGCAACCUAUAUUCUUCAUGAAGAAGGUGCUGUUCGGUAUGUUGAUGGGUCGGUGUCGACGAUGACUUACGAGCAUCGGUCGCCAGUGGGUGUUUUCGCCCUGAUCUCGCCCUGGAACAUGCCACUUUAUCUCUUGACAUGGAAGAUCGCUCCUUGUAUUGCAUUUGGGUGUACCGGGGUAGCAAAACCGAGUGAGGUUACUAGUAUGACCGCUUUUUUGCUGGCAGAGGUCUUCCGAAAAGCCAAACUCCCACCUGGUGUAAUGAACAUUAUUUUUGGAGAUGGACCUGGCGCAGGCUCUGCUCUUGUCAAGUCUGCUCGUAUUCGAGGAGUCUCCUUCACUGGUGGCACUGCCACAGGAAUCCGCAUCCGACAGGAUACUGUAGCCGAUAUUGGCAAGCAUCUGUCACUGGAACUCGGUGGAAAGAAUCCAACAUUGAUAUUCGACGAUGUCAAUCUGACUGAAGCUGUACCACUUGCUGCACAAGCUGCCUUCGAAAAUAGCGGACAGAUAUGUCUCUGUGGCUCUCGAAUCUACGUUCACCGCGUUGUCUACGACGCGUUCUUGGCCGCGUUUGUGGAAUAUGUCCGAGAGACCUACCGCUGUGGAGAGGCCAUUGGGCCGGUCGUCUCACGCGAGCAUUAUGCCAAGAUCUCCUCUUAUAUCAAACAAGCCAAAGAGGAAGGUGCCUACUUUCUCACUGGAGAAGUUCCAUCAGAGGUGCCCCAGAAGGGCUUUUGGAUCACUCCGACCGUGUUGACCAACGUGCGAACCGAUAGCCGGAUUAUGCGCGACGAGAUCUUUGGACCGGUUGUCACGGUCUCUCCUUUUGAUACAGAGGAGGAGGCCAUCGAACUCGCCAAUGAUAAUCCCAAUGGGCUGGCCAGCAUUCUCAUGACUAAAGACCUCUCUCGGAUGCGCCGAGUCGGAGAGCGGAUCGAUGCUGGCCUGGUAUGGGUCAAUUGCUGGCUUGUGCGUGAACUGGGCACAGCAUUCGGGGGCAUGAAAGCAUCCGGCAUUGGGCGUGAGGGAGGAUCUCAGAGCCGCGAUAUAUUUACGAACUUGCGAACUCUUCACGUUCGAUAA